AUGGGUUUGGUUGUCAAUAAUUUACCGAAGAUUCGUGAAGAAUGCGAAGUCUUACAUAUGACGGAUAAACAAAUUAAAGAGAUUAUGAGCAGACUCCAUGCGAAUAUCGUCAAAGGGCUUGGCAAAGACACAAAUGCAAGCGCCACUGUUAAGUGUUUUAUCACAUACAUUCAAGAUUUACCUAAUGGAAAAGAACGUGGCAAAUUUUUAGCGUUGGACUUAGGCGGAACAAAUUUCAGAGUUUUGAUAAUAAACUUAGGAGAAAACCACUUCGAUAUGCAAUCCAAAAUUUAUGCUAUUCCUAAUCACAUAAUGACUGGUACUGGAGUUGCGUUAUUUGAUCACAUAGCUGAAUGUUUGGCAAACUUCAUGAAGGAUCACGAGGUAUAUGAAGAAAGGUUGGCACUGGGAUUUACGUUUAGUUUUCCGUUACAACAAUUAGGACUUACAAAAGGAAUUCUUGAACGGUGGACUAAAGGAUUUUCUUGUUCAGGUGUAGUCGGAGAAGAUGUUGUUCAGGGACUUAAAGAUGCUAUUGCUAGACGAGGGGACGUUCAGAUAGAUAUAUGCGCUAUACUGAAUGAUACAACGGGCACAUUGAUGUCAUGCGCGUGGAAAAACCACAACUGCAAAAUAGGACUCAUCGUUGGUACCGGAAGCAACGCUUGCUAUGUAGAGAAAACAGAGAACUGUGAACUGUUUGAAGGUGAACCCGACAAGCCGAAUCUGCUAAUAAACACAGAAUGGGGAGCAUUCGGCGACGAUGGUGCUUUGGAUUUUGUCCGCACAGAGUUUGACCGCGAUGUCGACCAGAAUUCCAUUAACCCAGGGAAACAAAUUCAAGAGAAGAUGAUAUCCGGCAUGUAUUUAGGAGAAUUGGUACGUUUAGCCUUAGUGAAGUUCACGAAAAUGGGUCUGUUAUUUGGAGGCCAAGGUUCCGACCUACUGUUCAAACAAGGCUACUUCUACACCAAGUACGUAUCGGAAAUUGAGUCGGAUAAACCUGGAGACUACACUAGCUGUAUGGAAGUGCUUGAAGAUCUAGGUCUAUCACACGCAAGUGAAGCGGACAUGGCAGCAGUUCGGCACGUAUGCGAGCGUGUGUCGAGGCGCGCAGCUCACCUAGUCUCCGCAGGCAUUGCGACCCUACUGAACAAAAUGAACGAACCUCACGUCACUGUUGGCAUCGACGGCUCAGUAUACCGCUUCCACCCACACUUUCACACGCUCAUGACUGAAAAGAUCGCGCAGCUUGUCCGACCCGGUAUACAGUUCGACUUGAUGUUAUCAGAAGACGGCAGCGGUCGCGGCGCCGCCCUGGUGGCGGCCGUAGCGUGCCGCCAGAGCCAGCAACUUUAG